AUGGUUCUUACAAAGGAAAACAAUGAACUUUUUUUGCAGUUUUUGCUCGAAAAGUGUGAACCGGGAAAGCUAUUGAGAGCGAAGCUGAAAGCUGACGAGAUUCUUCCAAGUGGUGAAAAACGGGAAGUGUUUCCAUCUGAAUGGUACGAACUGGAAGAAGGAAGCACCUCCGAAAAGCAGCUCGUUAGGAAAGCAGACUGUAUAGGAGAGGACAACAGCGAAAAUGAGAUAACACUGCAGUGUGAAGUUUGCAUGCGAUGCAUUGUUCACGACGAGCUGCCCACGGCAGACACAGCAGAACACCAGUCUGAUGUUGCGAGGGCUGUAGGUGAGAUGUACAGUGAAGAAGUCCACACAGACUUCGAGCUGCACACAGAAGGCUCGGUUCUGAAGGCACACAAGUCACUACUGUCUGUACGGAGCCCUUACUUCGCUGCCCUGCUGCAGCCUCACACGAAGGAAGCAAAGGAAGGCUUUGUGAAGAUCACCGAUCUGAAGACCGAAGCACUGAAGCAGGUUCUGCUGUUUAUGUACACGGGUGUGGCGCCUGCUCUCAAGGACAUGCCGUGGGACUUGCUGAUAGCUGCUGACAAAUUCCAGCUCCAGCAGCUGAAGCGACAGUGCGAGGCCCACAUCGCCAGCCACUUGGAUGUGGACAACGCCGCAGAAACUGCAGCCAACGCCUUGCUGUUCUCCUGCGACGUGCUGUGGGACCGUGCGGUGUUUUUCAUCAGAAGCAAUCUCUACCAGGUGAUGCGCACUCCUGGCUGGGCUUUGGUUAUAACUGCUCAUCCUGAAGCCAUACAGCGUCUCAGUGAGCUGAUGGGGUGA